AUGCCCGGGAUUGAUUACUCAAAAUGGGACAAAAUAUGUGAUAGCGAUGAUUCUGGUAGCGGUGAUUCAGCGACUCCCGGAAAGCCGAGGGUGACGCAGUUAGAGUAUCCCUCCCGCGUUACAAUUAGCUCAAGUGGUGUGCAUAUGGUUAAUACCCCGCCGCAAGCUACAGUGUCACCCUUUAGAGAGCCACUUAGCGGAAGUAAUAAUAAAAAUAAUAAUAACGACAGCCGCGGGGCACCGUUGCCAGCUUGGACAUCGAGUAGCAGUAAUGCAGUUGAUGGCGGAGGAAUUAUUGGUGCCAGUUCUGCUUCCGCACACAAUUGUGAUUCUCCUGCGAGAAGUGGUGGCGUACCGUGUGGGGACAAGCACACACCACGGUGCAAUGAUGACAGCGAUGGAGAAAGCGAAGAUCAUAUGAUGUACAACAACCUCAUACGGAAUGGUGGACGUGAAGGAGAGUCACACAUAUGGUCGCAAACGCGAGACACCGUCUCUGUCAGCUUUAUACUACCCAAUAUGAACACGAAGGCGAAGGACAUUCAAAACUUCUCCCUUGAGGAAGAGGAGCAGCCAAAUCAUACUUCCUCGUGCGUUAUCUCCUUUAGCGUAAAGGGGGAUGGAGGGAGGCGACGAUAUGUCUUGCGUUAUCCUGUAAAGGUUGACGAGGACACCGUGGAAGGAUGCUGGUCUUUGCACUCUCUACCCGCGUACCCACUUCGGCUGCUGGUUGUCCAGUUGGUGAAGGAAUCCAUGGCACUUGGAAUGACAUUGUGGUGGGAUAGGUGUUUUAUAACAGACCAGACAAUAAUUGAUACGACCAAAAUAUCGGAGCGUAAUGGUGCUGACGCCACCAGGGCGGAGGCAUUCCGCCAGUCGUGGGAAAAGGCGCAUGAGGAGUUCAAGCGUCGCAUGAUUGAGCAACGUGAGAAGCGGUGUGUUAUUGAUGAGGGAUUUGAUUCUGACGUGGAGGACGAUAACGGCGGUGAUGGUGAAGUGCGUGGGGGAAGUACGUGA